UUACUGUUGUGUGCUCAGUGCUGGUUCUGUGGUAAUUUUUUUAAUCGUGCGCGGUCGUGUUUUAUAAUACUACAAAAUAUAAAUCUAACCUUUCAAUAAUUAUUUGAUGGAUUAAGUUGUUUGAAAAUGUCGUGGUUAUUUGGAUACAGUCGACCCCCUCAGCCACCUUCAGAUAUUCCACCUGAUGGUGGUGCCGAAGUUCCACCGCCUGCAAAUCUUACUAAAGCCGAGAAAAAGGCCAUGGAAGCCUAUAGGUUUGAUUCGGGAGCUUUAGAAAGAGCUGCGCAGGCUGCUCGAGAACUAGAGAAGUCAAAACAUGCAAAAGAAGCUCUUGAACUAAGUAAAUUACAAGAGGCAACGAGACAACAAGAACAGCUUGCUAAGAUAAAGGAGUAUGAAGCAUCAAUUGAACAAUUAAAAGUAGAGCAAAGGAGAAUUGAUCAUGAGGAGAGAAGAAAAACAUUGCAGGAAGAAACAAAGCAGCAUCAAUUACGGGCUCAGUAUCAAGAUCAGCUCGCAAAGAAGAGAUAUGAAGAGCAGUUGGUGCAACAACAGAGAUCCCAGGAAGAGAUACUCAGAAAACAAGAAGAGAGUGUAGCAAAGCAGGAAGCUCUAAGGCGCGCUACUAUCGAACAUGAGAUGGAGUUACGUGAGAAAAACAAACUAAAAGCUAUUGAAGCAGAAGCCAGGGCUCGGGCUAAGGCGGACCGAGAGAACAGAGAUGUUAAAUUAGAGCAAAUUAGAUUGAAAGCUACUGAAAAUAGAGUUACUAUAUUAGAAAGUAUUAAGACAGCUGGAAGUGUUAUUGGGACUGGUGUGAAUGCACUACUUACGGAUUGGGACAAGACAUUGACAGCUGUGGGUGGACUCUCAUUGCUUGCACUGGGGGUGUACACCGCCAAGGGUGCCACAUCUGUUACAGCGCGAUUCAUUGAAGCCAGAAUAGGAAAGCCAACACUUGUAAAUGAAACAUCCAGAUUCUCACUCUUAGAAGCCGUGAAGCACCCAAUACUAACAGCAUCAAAAGCUAUAGCGUUCUUCAAGAAACCGUCAGACGCUUUAGCUGGCGUAGUAUUAGCACCGACGUUAGAGAGCCGUCUCAGAGACAUUGCUAUUGCUACCAAGAAUACAAGACUAAACCAGGGAUUCUACAGAAAUUUACUCAUGUACGGACCUCCGGGUACUGGAAAGACAUUGUUUUCGAAGAAACUGGCGAAGCACUCCGGGAUGGAAUACGCCAUAAUGACGGGAGGUGAUGUGGCCCCAAUGGGCAAAGACGCGGUUGCAGCCAUACACAAGGUGUUCGACUGGGCCAAUACUAGCAGGAAAGGUGUACUACUUUUCAUUGACGAAGCAGACGCAUUCUUGCGCAAACGUUCCUCUGUACACAUCAGUGAAGAUCUUCGGGCUGCUCUUAACGCAUUCCUUUACCGCACCUCUGACCAGAGCAGUCGAAUAAUGCUGGUACUUGCGUCAAACACGCCGCAACAGUUCGACUCUGCAAUCAACGACAGACUUGACACCAUGAUAGAGUUUGGUUUGCCGGGCCUGGAGGAACGGGAACGGUUGAUUCGGUUGUACUUUGAUAAAUUCGUGCUGCAACCAGCAACGGAAGGGAAGAGGCGAUUGAGCGUGGAACAGUUCGACUAUGGCGCCCUCUGCUGCAAACUGGCGGAACGUACUGCGGGCAUGUCGGGGCGGGCCCUUUCUAAACUGGGCGUGGCUUGGCAAGCCGCGGCGUACGCGUCCGAUGACGGCAGACUCACUGAGCAAAUGUGUUUGGACAUCUGUGACGAUGCUGCACGGGACCAUCGCCAAAAGAUGGAAUGGUUAUCCGCUGAAGAGAAGUCACGCACUAUGAUGCCAUAUCUCCUGGAUUUACCACCAUUAGACGUAAAAGCAGAAGAAAAUGCCAUCGAACCAUCAGCCAACAAACCAAAGACAAAAGUGGAGAAAAAGAAGGAUAUGCAAGUGGAUAAGUGACGAAAUGUAUACCAUAAAGCAUCCGUUCACACACAUUAUAUAGACUGUGAUAAAUCAUUCGAUUUCAGUGUUGCCAGGUUCAAUAGAUGUGUCACUUUGACAGAUGAGCAAAUGAAUGUGUUGCGAAAACUGUCUGCUCGGAUUAGGAAGUGAGUGAAUUUGUAAGCUGUUUGCUUCAGUCAAAUAUUAAACAUUGAAAAUGUUAGUAAGAAAUCAUGGCUUUCUUUAAUAUUUUGUAAUAGUUACUAUAAAGGUAAUAUUCCUUAGGGCUGGGGCAUUUAUUUUCACAUGUAAUGUGUUCUGAUAAUCAAAAGGUCAGUUGCAACAAGGUGCGGGUUACAUCUUAAAAUGAUAAUGAAUGAGUUUACUGAAUAUACUCCAACACUACAUUGAGACGGCACAGUUUGUUUUAUGAAACAUACUCUGGGUACAAAAUUGACCAGAAUUUAUUGCCUCAUGUUAUGUGUUCGUUGGAAGGGAUAUAUGCUGUCGCUCCUCUAAUUGUGUCUUACCUCAUUAAUUAACAGAGAAUGUUCCUAAGAGCUGUUUAAGUAUAUUGUAUUGACGUAACUUAACAUGUGGUAAUCCUAUCUACCCCAUUAUAUAUAAAUUAAUGAUAGUGAUAGUAUAAAUUUAUUUAUCAAAGUGAAAAACUUGUUUUAGCAAGUAUUGCUACAAUUUAGUUAAACAAUGAAAAUACUGUGAUGCCAACAAAUAGAGUGAAACACUUGAUAUUAUAUUCUGAAUAGAAAAACUUUUUAAAUCUCGUUAUAUAGCUCUUGUUAUGAUAAGUACAAUAUGCUCAAUCACCAGCAGUUCCCCAAAUUCCGAGAAUGUUUUACAUACAGUGUUAACUCUUUAUCAAACUCGUAAUGACAAAAAUAGGGACCGAGUGUUUUCAUUGCUAAAUUUUUUAGAGUGAUGGUAUAAUUGUAAGGAAAUCUAUUUGAUACUACCAAUACAUAUGUAUCAAAUAAGAGCAGGGCAAAAAAAGAGAGUUUAUUUAUAAAAAUUAACAUUCAAAUUAAUCUUGGACUUUUGUAUCUAUGUAUGUAUUGAUUUUAUCACUUAUUCGAACAGAUAUGCCUCAGACUGAGAAGAACGGGCGCAAAGAAAUUACAUUUAAUUACUUAAUUUUGAACAUAUGUUUAUACUUUCAUGUGUUCUAAGUUUAUACUUUGUAAUACAUUUGUGGAAUUCUGUUUUAAAAACAUACACAUGGGGAAAAACCCAGCAAAAAACACUUUAUCUGUUUCUGGUGUUAAUAUUAUCUUAAAUAUAGUUAAUAGGAAAUUCAUUAAUGUGCUUACAUAUAUUGUGCAUUUCAUUAUCUAAAAUAUAUUGUGAAGCAAUGGUCAAGAAAAUAAUUAAUUUAUUUUUUUUCUUUAUGAAUCUCCUGGUCCUAAGCACAAAAAUACAAAGUAUAAAUGCAUUAAUUAUUAAAUUCUCAGGUACAUUAUAUUAACAUUGUUUUGAUAUAAUCACUAUUUUUAUUUUCAUAAAUAACAACACCCAACAUCACAGUGUUGCUGGCCUCUUAGGAAAGUGUGGGCGCGUUUUUGAAGCUAGCCGUGUCAUAUCAUCAUAAAAACACAUCGAAAGGAAGCUCAGUUCACUGGAGUACUGCAUCCCACUACGCACCAGAUCAGAGAUGAGACCAAUACUCCAUAGCUGUCCAGACAUUGAUUGUAGAGUGCUUAACUGUGAGCCGGCUUUGUAGUGUCUCUCUUUAUUGACAAUCCUCAAAAAUAUCUAUCAAAUUAGGCUUUGUCUACCUAAUUCAACCACGAAAUUGGCAAGCUCGCCAGUAUUCCGAUACAGUGGAAUUUACUAGUCCGAAAAGGCUGCUUUAAAACUUAGUGAUACUGACUUGGCUAGUUGGAAAAGAAGAUAAACGAUCCAGCAGAAUGGUCCAAUCAAUAGACUAGGUGCAUACAAAGCCAAAGUCCAGUGAUACUAAGAGGAAUAUUGUCAAAUAGUAAUGAUAUGACAAAUGGUGCUUUUGGGGCAAACACACAAACUUAAGAAUCAAACAAGGUUCAAUUUACCCCUUUCCGCCAUAUUUUCAAGAACGGAUUAAUUUUAAGAUCAUAUUACAUAAUAAGAGUUAAAACUGUAUUAUAAUUUCAGCGUAUUCCAAAAUAUUAUUGCCUUAUCUGCUACAAUUUAUUAUUAAGGAUAUUUUGCUAAUUCGCAACCACAUUGAUAGUGACAAUUACAGGAGAUUUAAAUUAUUAAUUUUCGCAAAGUUUCAUAAAAUAUUUUGAGCUAAUAAAUAUUGCCGGUAUAUUAGAUUGCAAUAUGUGUGCUAAGCAGUAAAGUGGCAAAUUUAGAGUGUAGUUUGAAUUCGUGAUGACGUCAUGGCAUGUCCCAAAAGUGUAUUGCUGCUCGAUAGUGGCUUAGCAUGCUGUAACUGGGCGGUUAAAAAUACGAAAGGAUUCUUUCAUGGAAGGAUCACGUGUACACAUACCUACUAGUUCUUCACAAUCAGUUUGACAGCGACGUUUAAAUUUCAUCUUUAAAAAAAUCGGCAUUUAUUCUUGCGUCCGUUCUUCUCAGAUUCUUACUUUCGAAAAAGUAUCCAACAUUAAAAAAAAUAAUUUUAAAUUUGAAUAUAACACUCCCUAAGUCUCGUUUGUUUUACAAAUCUUACUACAUCGUAUUUGGUGCAUAUUUUCAUAGGUGACGCCAUUUUGGAUUCUGAUUUAUCACGCCCGCAUCGUUUUAACACGUGUUUAAAAUUAGCAUAUUAGAGUAGCUCCUUAGUAGAUAUCAAUGUUAACACGUUUCCAGUGUUCUCGUAAAGUGAAAACCCUGCUUUAGAUAUUAUGUCAUGGCCCCUUCUGGAGGUGCGGUUCUCCAUAAGGUACUGUGAAAUACGUACAAUAAUGUUCCUUGUCGAUUUCAAAAAAGUCAAAGUCAAAAAUAUUUUAUUGACAUAAAAAAUCAAAAGAUUGCUCGUCAACGUAAAUCACCACACAAACAAUACAAGGCUGAACCAUAAAAUCCAUAAAAAAUAACAACUAUAAUAAUAAUAUUCAAUUCAACACUGUAAUAUCAUUUACGUAAUCUUCAACACUGUAAUAAGCCUUCGACAAAAGUCUGUGUUUAAUAAAAGAUUGGAACCAGUUAUGGAAAAAUGUAAUCCAUGAAUUGUCAUAAUUCAUUCAUCUCAAGAUAUAUUCACAUCUAACUUGCCUGUCUUAAUACACAAAUAUUUUUGAAUUCUUUGAAUUUAUUAGAACUCAUAGAGUUGGUUUAUUUGGUUGUAUCUGAGUGGAAUUUUAUGUAGUUUGUGCAUAUGCGAAUUUGCAAUUUAACAAUCUAACUUAAUUUUUAUCAUAUUAUCUGAACCGACACAAUUAUGGACUGCCUUUAAGGUCAGCGCUAAAUUUUCUGUACUGUGGUAUUCAUCGGAGAAUGUAUUUAUCGUACUUUAAGGGGAAUGUAUGUGGUAUUGUAUAUAAUAAGUUGUUUUAAGUGUGUUCGGAUUGCUUAUAAAUGUGCAAAUAAAUAGUGAUUAGAAAAUUGUUAAGUA